AUGUCCACUAAUAACUUGACACCAAAUGUACUAAACACUCUAUCCAAUAAAGAAAUUACAGAAUCUCGGAUCGAUUCUUAUUGUUCAUGCUCCCAAUGUAACUUAAGCCUGUGCUUUGAAUUACGUAAAAAAAAAUCUACAUCGUCUUGUACGUGUAGUGUAUGCAAACAACCAAAAAUUUGUGCCAAAUUAUCGAAAAAGGUAACUGAUAAGGAGCCCUAUUCUACAAAUAUUGAUGAGACUACGAUAAAAAAUGAAAUAAAUCAAAAUGAAAAAGAAUUAUUUCACGUAAUAACUGAAGCAGCAAAUUCUUCUAUUGGCAAUCGUGAGUAUACAACAAAUAUCAGUAAAGAUAUUUCACUUGCAGAUAAUAAGCCUUAUUCUACAAAAAGUAAUAUAGCUUGGAUAAAAAAUGAAAUAAAUCAAAUUAAAAAUGAAUUUUGUCACGUAAUAAAUGAAGCAACAAAUUCAUUUACCGAUAUUUAUAAAUUUACAACAAAUGUUAGCAAAGAUACUUCACUAACCAAAAUUAAGCCCUAUUCUACAAUAGUUAAUAAGGAUUUGAUAAUAAAUGAAAAAAAUCAACUUGAAAAAGAAUUAUCUCCUGUAAUUAAUGAAGAAGAAAAUUCACAUAUUGAUAAACGUAACAAUACAACAGAUUUCAGUAAAGAUAUUUCUAUUACAAAAAAUCCCUAUUCUACAAAAGCUGAUUUAAUUAAAAAUGAAAUAAAUGAACUUGAAAAAGAAUUUUGUCAAGCAAUAAAUGGAGAAGCAAAUGUAUCUAUAGAUAAACGUAAAAAUACAACAAAUAUCAGUAAAGAUAUAUCUAUUUCGAAAAAUCCCUAUCCUACAAAAGAUAAUGAGGACUUGAUAAAAAAUGAUAUAAAUGAACUUGAAAAAGAAUUUUGUCAAGUAAAAAAUGGAGAAGCCAAUUCAUAUAUUGAUAAACGUACAAAUACAACAAAUGUCAGUAAAGAUAUUUCUAUUACAAAAAAUCCCUAUUCUCCACAUGUUAAUGAGGACUUGAUAAAAGAUGAAAUAAAUGAAUUUGAAAAAGAAUUGUGUCGUGUAAUAAAUGGAGAAGCCAAUUCAUCUGUUGAUAAAAAUACCAGUAAAGAUACAUCAUUCACAAAAAAUGAGCCCUCUUCUGCAAAUGAAAAAUCUAAAUCAUCUUGUACCUGUAUUCAAUGCAAAAAACCAAAUACUUGUCCCAAAAUUAAGAAAGAGGUAACUGAUAAUAAGUUAUAUUCUCCAAAUAUAAACGAGGAUUCAAUAAAAAAUGAAAUAAAUGAAAUCGAAGAAGAAUUACGUCACGUAAAAACUAAAGAAGUUAAUUUAUCUACUAAAAAUAGAAAUGUAGAAAAAUGCAGUAAAGAUAUAUCAAUCACGGAAGAUAAGACCGAUUCCAAAAAUAUUAAUGAAGUUCCAAAAAAUCAGCUUAAAAAAGAAAUAAGUCGCGUAAUAAAAAAAGAGGCAAAUACGUCUAAUGAUAAACGUGAAUAUACAAAGUAUAGUAGUAAAGAUAUUUCACUAACAAAAGAUAAAAUAGCUUGGAACAUUAAAGAUAAAUCAUAUACAAAAUCUUCUAUUCGUCACCACAUACAUAGUGUCGCUAUUAAUUAUAAGCCAAAAGAAAAUCAUUUUCAUAAGGAAAAAUACUUACCGAAAGAAAACUCCUUACUAAAUGAAACCCUGUUACCAAAACAAAACCCGCCACCUAAAGAAAAUUCCUUACCAAAAGAAAAUAACUUACCAGAAAAAUCUAAAUUAAGCGCACAAGUAAUGAAUUUGCCCUUUAACGAUUUUAGAUCCUCUCUUUCAUUCGCAAACUCUCAAACAAAUAUGUCUUCUUCGAAUUUGAAUAAAAUUAAUAAACCAGAUUUUUUAACAAAGUUGAAAGAAAUAUACAACGCGUGUAGUUGUAAAGUAUGUGAAUGCAUUUCUGGAAAAUUUCUAUUCAAUAAUGAUGAUACUUGCAAUUGUAAACCCUGUGAAUGUGAUGAAUGUACUAAAUACGCGAGAAAUAUUAAAGACGAUUUAAAAUCUGCACCACACUCCGGAUGCCCAUGCGUUAGUUGUGACAGAAAAGAUUGUCGAGGUGUUGUAAAGAACGAACAAUAUGAAAAAAAUUGUGAUUGUAGACCCUGCGAUUGUGUAAGAUGUUGGGAUUUUCCUUCAAAACCAUGUAACUGCGAGCCCUGUCAAUGUACAGAAUGUAAUGCGUUAGGAGCCUCUCUACUGCGAACAGUCAUAGUUGCACCCGUACAAGGAAAUUUUCAGCAGACUAUGUGUCAAUGCGAACCUUGUGAAUGUAUUAAUUGUACCCAUAACUACACUGCUAUGGCUUCAAAUUUGAGGCGUCAAGUAUCAACAGAGAUAAUGACAAAUGCAAUCUGUCAUUGUGAAAGAUGUUCAAAUGAUGCAUGUCAGCUUAAUAGCGAAGUUUGUAGAUGCGAUAUGCGUAGUAAAUUAAUGAUGAAACCUAAUGAGAGAGCUAGUCGCGACUACGAUAUUCAUAGAGCUACAAUUAAUUACCAAGAAAGUACAGAUUCCAAUGUACUUAUGGAUUUAAAGAACGGUAAAGUAAAUAAAGAUUUGAAAGCUGAAGAAAGGGAUAGUUUUCCCGCUAAAUGUAUGACGAAACUAUCAAAACAUAACAUUCAUAAAUGGUCUAAAAAGAGUAAAGGCAAAAAAUAUAAUCAAUUGUAUAGCAGAAUAAUGAAGCGAAGAGGUAGUGCAAAAAAUAUUACACAUACAAAUCAAACGAAUUUUGAACCGGAAGGAAGUGCUAUUUUUGAGUCUGUCAAAAAAAACUUAUUGUCUGUAAAUGAUAACGAAGGGGAGAAUUUAAAUUUAGAAGAAAAAAUUAAGACAGACUUGGCUUUUCAAAGAAUGGUUUUACCCGAGACAUCGAAUAAUCUCGUCACAUCGGAAAAUAUUUUCUGUAAAAACUUGAACACGGAAAUGCAAAACAAUAAUGCAAUAGAUAGUAAUAAAGCUUGGCCGAUACUGAGAAAGAAUUUAUAUUUAAGCUGUGCCGAAGUCGUUAAAAGUAAGGGUAGUUGUGCUAUACCCACAAUGGAAUUCAAUAUUAAGACAACAUUGAAAUCAAUUUCAUUGCAAACUCCGGAAUAUGUUAAUAAAGUUGAAACAAGCAACGGAAAACAGGCAUUGACUCGGCUACUUAUUGAAGUGAAUAAUUUAUUAAAUUCACCGCUACUGCAAUCAUCGCAUUCAAAUAAGUCUCCUGAUAUAAAACAAGAAUCAAAUCAUCUAUCUAAGAGUAAAUUGGAUUUAGAUCUUAAAACUAUUCAUAAAGAUGCCACGUCAUACACGCAUUCAAAGUGCAGCCCUAUUGACAAGGAAACGUAUUGUAAUCUCAUCCGAUCGAUGGAAAAACUUCAAGAAAAUAUAACCAAUCUUAUGAAUAAUGUGUUAACAAACGCUGUUUAUAAAUCAGAGCUCUUAACGAAUAAGCUAAAUAUGGAAAAGGGACUUACGCACCAACUACCUAAAAUAAAUUCGGUCAAAAGCAGCUGCCAUGGUUUCAAAGCUACGUUCAUAGGACUAAGAACUAUUUCAGACCACACCGUGAUGGUGAAAUGGAGAAUACCACGUGAAAUAAUUUAUGUUCAAGGAUAUGAGCUACAAGUAGACGGUCGACCAGUUCAGAAGAUAUUCAGCCCAACGAGAUGCAUGGCAAUUUUGACAUGCUUACCGCAUAGUGAAAAACUACUGCUAACCAUUCGAACACUGAUCACUUCUAACUUACCAUUCGAUCACCAGCCUGCAGCUACUAUUGUUUAUCGUCCUCGCGUAAAAGGAAAUGCUGUUUCCAGUAACAAAUAUUUAUUAUAUUGACUACAUUUUUUAUCUAAAAAUGACGUUUAAUAAUAUGCAUUGUACAUGUCUAUCAAAACAAAUUAAAUUUUCAUAUAAUAAAUAAAUGAAUAUUCUUAU